AAUUUCACGAACAAUGUGUCCUUCCUGAUGGUAUCAUUGAUGAUGUUUUGAGUCCAAUAAAGGUCAAUAUCACAGAAGCUCAAGAUUUCGACAUCAACGAUUAUCCUCCUGAAAACAUCCCAUAUGUGUACGCAGACGCAAGUGUUCUUAAACAAGCUAUCCUGGAAGAACCACCCGCAGCUGAUGAGACAGAAACGAAAUCUAGUGACGCACUUGUCGACAAUGAAGAUGACGAUAAUCAGGAGACGCACCACGACGAGGAUGCUUGGGAUUCUCUAUUGAAGCCGGACGAUCCGGACGCGCAGUAUAUCUCGGACGAGGAUCUGAUUGAAAAAGGAGAUCUAGUUAAAGGUUAUAGAGAAUUCGGCGACGAAUAUUUGCAUGAAACCGAAGAGAAUCGAACAAUAGCUGGUGUACCUGAUGAAGCUUGUGACGAAGAGGUAGAGGUAGAAAGGUCAGACGACAAAGAAGAUGAAAUCAUCGUUUCAAAUGACACAAGAGAAAAUAUAGAUGCUGAAUUGGAUGAUUCUGUAGACGAAUUUCUUGAAUUAGAAAAACAGCUAGCGACAGAAUGUGAGCAAACGGAUACCGGAAUUCCAUCCGAUAUUAGGCAUGUGUCGGAAGAAUUAAAUGCAGGUUUCGACGAGUACAUGCAAGCAAUCCAAGACCUCUCCAUUCAGAAAACUGAGAAAGGAAAAGAAGUGCUUUUUCACGAUUCUGAUGAUGAAGCGAUAAAUGAGGGUGAAUAUGUAGAUACACAGCCAGAGUUCCCCCUUGAACACGCGACAGAAACCGUCAUUGAUCAACUGAAGAAUCCCGAUGUUGAUUCGUCUAUGGACGAACCAAAAUCUGCUUCAGAUGCAGAAUACCUAACGGGACAGAUUGGUCCUGGUAUGGAUGAAAAAACUGAGACUGUAGCAAAUGAUGACGAGACCGAGGACGACAACAAGACUGAGGAACCUAGAAGGCAUUCUUCAACUUCAGAUGUAGAUUUUCAGUCAGGUGAAGAGAAUGUCAGUACAGACGGUCCUGGCGACGUUACAAAGGACGACGAUACCGAGUCGGAAGGUGAUGACAGGGUUUACGAAUGUACUUCAGACGUACCAGAAGGCGCUGGGAAACAGCCGGAAUGUGAUGAAGCGGUCAACAUUACGACAAAAGUCAUGAAAGAUGAAAACGGUGACGAUACCAUUGAUAAACCAUUUGGUGAUGAACAGUUGGAGAAGCAAGAAGAGCAUCUCGAUAAAGUCGAUGAAAAGAAGAAAGACGAUGAUGAAAAACAAGGGGCAGAAAUGGCGAUCGCUGGAAUGCCAGAGUUUUCAUCUGAUGAUAAGGAUGAAAAAU